AUGAUUCAGGAUUGUGACGAUCGAGCGUUGAGGAAGUCAUGCGACCAGAACAACACAUGGGUGGGUGGCUUCGAUAAGGGCAUCGGUUAUCAUCAACCGUUCGUAAAUUUAUUUGCAUCUUUCCGACCGUCGUUUUUUGGCUGUGAUCAUUGGUCACUUCUUCAAAAGUUGUUCACUUUGAGAAUCUUUGAUAGCCUCCGCAAUGCGUGCAUGCCGCACAGUUCAUCAAUGCGAAUUGAUGUAAAACCAUUGAAAUAG